UGCCCCGACACCGAAGGAGCCAGAAGGAGAGGGGCAGGAUCCUCCCGAACGCAGCCGUGUCCUGGGGGCGGAUGGGCGAGGGUCCAGGGGCCCCCACGUCCUGGCGCAGCUGCGGCCAGGCUCGGAAUGAGGGGGGAGCUGUGGGGCGAAGUCCUGGCGCGCAGGGGCACGGAGCGUGGGGUUGCCCCGGGCGGGAUUGCCCGUUCCAGGCGCUUUCCGCUGGCUGCUGGGCUGAAGUGUUGACAGAGCUGAGGGAUGUUUACAUGCAAACUCCGCCCCCUCCCUUAGUGCUGGGGGUGUGGGUCUGGGCGGGGUUGCUACCUGUUGCAAAGGUGUGGGGGAUAAUGGCUACAGCCAGGUGCCCCUGCGAUUUCCACCUGACAAGGUGCUGGCUGGAGCAGAGGUACACGGUUGAAUUCCUUCCCCUGAAAUUGAGGGGGAUAGUAUAUCUGUGGCAUUGGUAAAGUAGCCACCUACCUCAAAGCUUGCAGCAAAGUCUUGCUAUGCAGGAUCGGUUGUUUGGUGAGUCCUGGGCUUAUUCUGAAUCCUGUGUGGAGUAUAACGUAGUGCCUUCGGGAGGUGGCAAAAUAAGGUCAUCGCUUUGAUCCUUCUUGCCUCUUGGAAGGUGCCAUGCAAAUGCAGUUGGAUGACUGAUGACAGAAACUUGAAUCAAAAUGCCUAAUUUCGAACAUCCAGAGUAUCCCGAAGCUACCUUGCUUCACCUGGAAAGUAUGGUGCCCUGUCGAGAAUCCCAAGUGUCAUCACUGUUGUCAAUAUUUGGAGAGCGUCAACAUUUUAGCUUCCCAUCCAUCUUUAUCUAUGGACAUACCUCUAGUGGCAAGACCUAUGUGAUGCAAACUCUUCUAGAAACAUUAGAGCUUCCUCAUGUGUUUGUGAACUGUGUUGAAUGCUUUACUUCAAGGCUGCUUUUAGAGGAAAUUUUGACCCAGUUGCAGAGCCUUUCAUCUGAAAAUAAACACGGUUCUCAUGUGCCCUGUGACACAUUUAAUGACUUUGUACGUCUGUUUAAGCAAGAAAUUAUUACUCAAGAUCUACAGAAUCAAACAGUAUAUAUUGUGCUGGAUAAAGCAGAGCAGCUGAGGGAAAUGGAGGCAAAUAUGUUGCCAGGGUUUCUUAGACUACAAGAAAUGACAGACAGAAAUGUCACUGUUAUUUUCCUUAGUGAAAUUGUGUGGGAACUGUUUCGUCCAAACACUGGAUGCUUGGAGCCAUUCACCUUGUAUUUUCCUGACUACAGCAUAGGAAACCUACAAAAGAUUCUGUCCCAUUAUCAUCCUCCAGAAUAUUCUGCUGAUUUCUAUGCUGCGUACAUUAAUAUUCUUCUUGGUGUCUUCUACACAGUCUGCAGGGACUUGAAAGAGCUUCGACAUCUGGCUGCACUAAAUUUUACUAAAUAUUGUGAACCAGUGGUCAGAGGAGAAGCAAAUGAACGUGACACACGUCGACUCUGGAAAAAUAUUGAAUCUCAUUUGAAGAAAGCAAUGCAGACUGUUUAUCUCCGGGAAAUAUCCAGCUCACAGUGGGAGAGAAUACAGCAGGAUGAUGGAGAACCUGGGCACUUGAAAGGACUUUCUGCACAUGCUCACGUAGAACUUCCUUAUUACUCCAAAUUCCUUCUGAUAGCUGCUUACCUUGCCUCCUACAAUCCUGCCAGGACAGAUAAGAGGUUCUUCCUUAAGCAUCAUGGGAAAAUCAAGAAGACAAACUUUCUGAAAAAACAUGAAAAGACCAGCAAUCACCUCCUUGGACCAAAGCCAUUCCCCCUGGACAGAUUGUUAGCAAUAUUAUACAGUAUUGUGGACAACAAAGUUGCUCCAACUGCAAAUAUAUUUUCCCAGAUCACCUCUCUUGUGACACUCCAGCUUUUAACCUUGGUUGGCCAUGAUGACCAGCUUGAUGGACCGAAGUACAAAUGUACUGUCUCUCUGGACUUCAUCAGGGCUAUUGCAAGGAAUUUGACCAAGAAUGUGCAGUAUGGGAUUUUGAGAGUUCCAGCAUCUAUUCCUGGGAGUGAAAGCAGGGGACACUAGUAAAUUUUAGCUGGCUGAACACAAACUGGAUCACCUGCUGUGUAAUACAUACCAACAGGAGCACAUCACAGCUCUGCAAGCUACGUUGUCUUCCAGUCCAAUUCCAGAUAAGCUUUAAGAUCCUACAAAGUCCUCGAAGGGCUGGGCCCUGACUCUUCUCCACAAUCUACCAUAUCAGUAACGCUGCCAUAAGCAAAGCCCAGUUUGAAGCUCUCAAAGAUGAUGGGUAAGAUUUUUAUUCGUGGCAAAUCCAACCUGUGAAAUCCCCUUUCACCAGUAAUCAGGAUGACUCCGAAUCCUUCACAUGUUCCGAAUAAAAUGUAAGAAGCAUUUUUAAAAAAAGUUCCUAAAAUAGAAGUGUGUCCCAGCCACAGUUACAUGAUUAUUCCUGCUAUUUCUAGUCAAAAGCAAACUCCAUGUGCACACGUGAACAGAAUACAAGGGAUGGUGGAAAGCAAAGACCUCUAGACCAUAUACUGCUCUACAUAAUUUUGUUGGUGCAUAGAUACUAUGGUGGAUGGAUUUAUUAGAGCUAUAUAGACAUCUGAAAUGUGAAUCUGGCCAUCUAUAGGGGAGUAGGGGAGCUUUCUUGCCAGGAUGUUCAACGUACAAAUUAUUAAAGAACAUUCUCAAAUUGUUGUAUGAUAAAAGAGGAAUGCAUCUAAUGCCAGCCUGACACUGUUUGUUCAAUGGAUUGGGCAAAUGUGCUUACAAGGCAGAUCAGCUCCUGAAGUAGAUGCAGAAGCUGGGUAUACCUUUCAGACCAUCCUGAGAGUACGGGACAAACAAAAAUCCAACUCUCCCUUUUUUCUUUUCCAUGUGUCAUUUGGCAGAGUUGUGGGCUACUACCCACCGUAUGCUAUCCCCAAAGCCUUUAAUAAAGCUAAUACACCAAACAAUAUUAAAAAUGGAAGGUUGUUCCUAACUCUGAAAUGUUCAUAGCUCUGAACAAAACAUUAUGGUUGUUCUUUGAAAAGUUUACAAUUAAACAUUGACUUAAUACAGCUUUGAAACUUUACUAUGGAGAAGAAAAAUGCUACUUUCACUUUAUUUUUUUAGUAGUUUACAUUUAAUACAGUACUGUACUGUUGGCUUUUUUUGGUCUCUGCUGCUACUUGAUUGUGUACCAAAUGAGGUGUAUGGUUGACUUGUCAGUUCAUAACUCUGAGGUUCUACUGUACAUGUGUUGUACCAGUCUUCUGGGCCUUUUUGGACCUUUGGUUUCCUUUAACAUUGGCCAAUGUAUGUAAAUAUAUUGAUCUUUCUAAUGUGACAGCAAA